GAUUCAAGCCCGGUUCCAGCAAAUAAUCCGACUUCUGCACAAAACCAACAGGAAUUGUCAGCAAAUUCUUUACCAAGUGGACAAGAUUGUCUUCGUGUACAAGAAUUAUUUCGAAAGUCACCUGAGAAAGGAAUACGAUGGGAAAUCGAUGACAUCGAUAUCGGAGUUGAUUUACAGCCAAAGCUACCAACACUAUAUAAUUAUUCUCAUUUUAAGUAUCUUAUGUUUCAAGAAAUAAAACUAUAUAAUGGGUAG